ACCUGAGAGGAAUCAGCUCUGGGUGUAGUGCUGAAAUCAGGCCUUUUCUCUAGGACGUUUUAGGCAUCACUGUCUUCACUGAGCCUUUGUUGUUGGUUUAUCUGAGUCUUAUCUGAGUCCUUGGAUGAACUGGUAAAUUUGUUUUUUUUUAUGCCCUCUCUGUCCGCAGGAUCACCACCACUGCAGCCUGUAUGAUGGACCUGCGUCGCUAUCCACUGGAUGAACAGAACUGCACCCUGGAGAUUGAAAGCUAUGGCUACACCACUGAUGAUAUUGAGUUUUACUGGCGAGGUGGCGACGGAGCCGUGUCUGGAGUCGACAGAAUAGAACUGCCACAGUUCUCCAUCGUGGACUACAAGCUCAUCUCCAAGAACGUGGUCUUCUCCACAGGUUCCUACCCCCGCCUGUCCCUCAGCUUCAAGCUGAAGAGGAACAUUGGUUACUUCAUCCUGCAGACGUACAUGCCUUCCAUCCUGAUUACCAUCCUCUCCUGGGUCUCUUUCUGGAUCAACUACGAUGCCUCGGCUGCCAGGGUGGCGCUCGGAAUCACCACGGUGCUGACCAUGACCACCAUCAACACCCACUUGCGAGAGACGCUGCCAAAGAUCCCCUAUGUUAAGGCUAUUGACAUGUACCUGAUGGGCUGCUUUGUCUUUGUCUUCCUGGCCCUGCUGGAGUACGCCUUCGUCAACUACAUCUUCUUCGGUCAUGGGCCUCAGCGCCAGAAGAAGGCUGCUGAGAAAGCAGCCACGGCCAAUAAUGAGAAGCAGAGGUCCGACCCCAACAAGUGGCUGGUGGGGAAUGUAGUUCAGAGAGAUGAUGCUCUGUAUGCCAGAAUGAAACAGAGGGAAAUUGACGCGUAUGACUCGAUGUGGGAUCCCAUCUUUGUGGACGAUGCUGCUUUAGGACUAGGCGAGCAAAGAAAUAAGAUGACUCCUGAUGACAACAUCCACUUCAGCACUUUGGAAAUGAAGAAUGAGAUGGGUGGUGCUGGGGAUCUGUCCAGGGGUCUGGGAGCACCCGGAGACCCCCGUAACACCAUGCUGGCCUACGAUAGCUCCACGCUGCAGUAUCGCCGGGCGGCCAUGGCCCGUCAGAACUAUGGCCACAGCGCCUUGGAGCGCCACGCCCAGAAGAAGUCCCGCCUACGGAGACGGGCCUCCCAGCUCAAGGUCAACAUCCCAGACCUGCCCGACGUGAACUCUAUCGACAAGUGGUCCAGGAUGAUUUUCCCCACCGUCUUCUCCUUCUUCAACGUGGUCUACUGGCUCUACUACGUCCACUAAACCCAGCCGCGUCUGGGCAUGGCCAUUUGAAGGAGUGGGGGUGGGGGUUGGGAGGGAGUGUAUUAGGAGGCAGGAGUUUUAAAGGGGACUUGAGAGAAGUCAGGAAAGAGGAGGUGAGGGUUGAUGUGAGAUGAACAGUGCACCAACAGUUUGGGCUGGUUCAUUUGAGAGGAGGAGAAUUACAAAGACUUUUUGGAUGAACUGCAGCAGCACCCAAACACUUCAGUACAGCAGUGACUCUUUCAGAAAAUGGGAAACACCUUCAAAUGACUGGGAGACUUUCAACACGAAGAGGAAGUUUAAAAAGAGACAAAAAAACGGUGCCUGUUACAGGAUUUCAAUAUAUCACUAAUAUUUGUCAUUAGUAGCUUACUCUCUGUGGAUCAAAUAUUUAUGCUUGUGUUUGCAUAUACUUUAAGGAUUUGUUUUCUUCGGUAUCUAUUUACUUUGUAGCUGAGCUGUCUGCAUCCAGGAAAGCUUUAUAAAUGAUUUUAAAGGGGUCAUCCUCGAUAGUCUAUUUUCCUAUAAUUACUGUAUAUCCCUCAACAUCCUUUUAAGAGCAUGCUUAUGUUUGAUUUCAGUUGCACCUCAGUCACAAUAAUAACAGAGUGCAAAGCGUUUUCAUUUUCCUACUAGUUAAGGUUAGUCUGUCUUCAACUCUCAUUCUGGCAGCUUUGGCUCUGCACAGCAUCUCCAAUGAAUGAAUGGAGUGACGGAAAGUUGGACAGCAGGGGGCGCUCUAUUCUGCAAACACGUAUGUGGCGCUCUCGCGGCGCCAAUGCCGGACAGAAAACCUCUUCCUCGGUGUUGUACGUCCCGUCCCGUUAAUUUAUUAUUGUUUAUGUAUUUAUUUAUUUUGAGGUGAAAAUUUCCGACUCCUUUGUUCUUUGAAUUAUUGUUUGAGGAGCUUCCGAGACCAAGAAUGGCUUUACCUUGACUUGACUGGGUGUAAGAAAUUUGCCGAUUGUUGAGCUGAGUUUCAUUGCAUCCAGAGUUGCUGCAUAAACCUGCUAAUCCACAAUCAUUAGUAUCAGUAGAUAUGAAUGAUAGAAAUAUGACGCGUUUCCAUUGUGACUAGGUUUCUGUUCUACAAAAGCUGUAGAUAGACAUGAAUCAUAUUUAAAGAAAAAGAGAUAAUUCAUUUUUAUAGACCAAUACUCACAUUAUUGUGUAAAUAUUAUGAAUUUAUUCUCAUUAAAUGGUUCUCUGUUGUUGUUUUUGCGGAUGAAUUACGGAUCAAAUGUUCCAUCAAACAAACAAACAAAAAAAAAAAUAAUAACAAUAAUAAUGCCGAGAGCUAUUUAACAAAGGGAAAAAAAAAAAAGAAAACACAAUUCACAACUUUGCUGACUCUGUACUUUUGGGACUUUUCUCUCUUUACUUUCUUUUUAAUGGACUCUAAAAGCAUACACUUGCUGAAACUAAAGCACUUCCAGACACCACUGACUCUUGGGUCAAUGUUUUGUUCUCCUUAAAACAACUUAACAAAGACCCCGAUAUCCAGGCAUAUUUUGUAUAAAGUUUCUGUAAAUUCCAAUUGUAAUAUUUCAUAAUGACUGUAAAUAUCUUGUGUAAUGAUUGUCAGCAAAUAUGAAGAUGUAUCUAAAUUCAAUUAAAAUUCAAUUCAGCCUAUCACUUAAAUAACA